GUACAGUACUAAAAAAGAAGGGGACACAUAGUUUUCAAUUCUGUGUUCGUUCAUCCAAAACAGAAGAAAGAAACAAUGUUAAGAGUUUCUCAAUUUCGAAUUGGAUUUUCGAUUCCAAAACUCUCUCCACUUUCAUCAAUUCCUUCACUCUUCUCUUUCUCUUUUCCUUCUCAUUCUCACUCUCAAAUCCACACUUUUUCUUCCACAAAAACCUUCCAUUUUCAUUCACCUUCUUCUCUUCCUCUUUCACCCUUUAUUUCAAUUAUGCCUCUGAAAGCAUCAGCUUCAUAUAGUAGUGGUGUUGAAGGUGGAGGUGAAAGGGAAAUAUUGGUGCAGCAUUUGUUGGUGAAAGAAGAUGACCAGAAACUAUUGUUGGAUAUUCAAAAGAGAAUUGUUGCAGGUGAAGAUUUGAGUGAUCUUGCUGUGGACCAUUCAAUUUGCCCUUCUAAAGAUGAAGGAGGAAUGCUUGGGUGGGUGAGAAAGGGACAAAUGGUUCCUGAAUUUGAGGAGGCUGCAUUUAGUGCACCUUUAAACAAAGUUGUAAGGUGCAAGACAAAAUUUGGAUGGCACCUGCUGCAGGUUUUAUCUGAAAGGGAAGAAUCAGUACUUCAAGAAAUUAAACCGGAUGAGCUUCAUGUGAAAUUUCAAGAUCCCAACUUUUCGGAGGAGGCGCAGUUAAUUGAUGUUCGAGAGCCUGAAGAAGUGGCCACAGCAUCUUUGCCAGGAUUUACAGUUCUUCCCCUCCGGCAAUUUGGAAGCUGGGGGCCUGAAGUAAACACCAAAUUUGACCCUCAAAAGGAUACAUAUGUUCUGUGUCAUCACGGCAUGCGGUCGUUACAAGUUGCCCGGUGGUUGCAGGCACAGGGGUUCCGGAAAGUAUACAAUAUUUCUGGAGGAAUCCAUGCCUAUGCAGUUCAGGUCGAUCCGUCAGUUCCUACAUACUGAUUUACAUGAUUCCUCCACUUUCCUCUCCUUGCAUGUAAGCAAGAUUGUGUGAGAGGAAUGCAUUAAAUAUUGCAGCAAGUCGCUCGUUGGGAAAUUUCAACUUUUACAUGAGAGGCAAGGCAUGUGAUGUUCACGAAUAAUACUGAAGGAAAUUGUAAAUCUAGAGGCCUAACUUGAAUCUAGACCAAUAAAUAUUGGUAUGAACAUGUGUUUAUUUUGGAUCAAGAAUUUAAGGCUUCUCGAGUUAUUGUUUCAAAAUUUAAGGUUACAUACAUAUCAGGUGCCUACAAGUUGUUUUUUGGUUUCCUCUUCAAGCAAUUGUUACUUGUCUUAUUUCAUUCUUUUUCUCCUAAAAUUGUAUUUUUAAUACAAAAAAAGGUGAGGACAUAAUUGUUUAUUUGUUAUUCAUGGAGCUUCCUUUGAUCAAAAUGUCUGAAAGUACAAGCA